AUGGACUCACUGAAAGACUAUUCUUCAGCAGAGGAAGACGAAGAAAUGGUAAUAGAAGUUACAGACGAUCAUUUACUCGAAGGUAAUGAUAAUGAUGAUGGUGAGGAUAAUGACGGAAAUCGUGUUGCGGUAGCAAAUGAACGGUCGAUAAGAGGUGAGAAUGCGAAUUCCCAGCCCCAACCCAACACUACCAUCACCAGCAGUACUGACAUGGACGCAAAUAAUAACGUUAGUGAUGCCAGCAGUCAGUGUAAAAGUAACGUUGGUGGUAGUGAAGGCAUUGCGUCAUUGGAGAGCACCAAACCUUUUUUCUUAACAUCUAAUUCACAUAAUAUUUCAGCUGAGUCGAAAGCAGAAAAUGAAUUCACAACAUUAGACUCCUGUCUGACUUCACAAUCAGUUGGGGAAACAACAUCAGCCACAAAUGUUAUUACAACAUCACAAAGUGUUCCAAACACUGGUGAUGAUGGUUGUUCAGAUAGUGAAAGUAGGGAUGUGACAUCUGCUGAUGUUGAAGAGGAAACAUUAAUGAUGACAUCAGGUGUAGCAUCGGCCACUUCGAAACUAGCCACAACCAUUAUUGGGGGCGAUAGUGGUAAUGAUAAUGAAGAUGACGAUAACAUUAAUAAAGAUGAUGACAAUGAUAAUAAAUGUAUUAAUGAUAAUGGUGAAAAUGAUGACGAUGAUGAUCCUUAUAUAUCACAAAAACUUUAUGAUGAUGACGAGGACAACUAUGAUGGUGAUGACAAUGAUAAUAAUGAUAAAAAUCACAAUGAAAAUGUCUCAGAAUGUGUCAAAAAUGUCGUUGAUAAGAAUGGUGAUGGUGAUGGUGGGAAUACUGAUGAUGUAAUCAUUUCUAAACUAUCUGAUGCUUUCCCUGAUAAUUCAUUUAGUGAUAAUAAUAAUAAUAAGAAUGAUAAUAUAACUGAUAAUACUAAUGAUAAUACUGAUGUUGAUGGUCAUGAUCCAAAUGAACAGCAUGUUGUUGAGCGAGAUGGUGAUGACGACUAUGAUGAUGAUGAUGAUGAAAUGAUGACUACUGGUUCUUCUACCAUUACUACCACUACUCAUCCUAUUACUACUACCUUUGCUGCUGCUGCUACUGCUGCUACUUCAUCUACUACUACUACUACUACUACUACUACUACUACUGUUGUCGGGGUUGAAAGUGAUGAUAACGCCGAUAACAGUGAACAUUCAUCGUUGGCGAUUAGAAGCGAUGUCAUUGGCCUGAGUGUGGGUGAUGUAAAGAGGAUGGAUGUUGGUAAUAAUGAUGAUAUUGGUAAUGAUAAUGAUGAUAUUUGUAAUGAUAAUGAUGAUGAUGGUAAUGAUAAUGAUGAUUUUGGUAAUGGUAAUGAUGGUGUUGAUAGUGAUAAUGAUGGUGAUGGUGGCAAGGUUGAUGAUGGUGAUGGUGGCAAAGUUGGUGAUGAUGAUAGUGAUAAUAAUAUUGGUGAUGAAGAUGAUGAGGUAAGAGAGAGUAAAAUGCUGAUCACUAAGGAAUCUUCAGCAUUCUCUGGUGGUGGUGAAGGUGAUGGUGGUGGCGGUGGAAAGCCCGCAACGACCCCCAGAAAAACAAUACCAACCACCAUGUCAGCAACACUAUCUGAAAUUAAUGAAACUCUCGUCAUCAAUAGCGCCCAAGUUUCAGCUGAUGCGACUGUCGACACUAAUUUGCUAGUGUUGAGAUGUGAUGAUGACAGCGACGAAACCGCAACCACAACAACAACAACAACAACUACACAGUCAACUUUUAAAGAUGAUCGCUGCGCCGUAGACAACAAUGACGAUGAUUAUUUAAUUAGUGUUGCUCACGAUUUGCUGUCCAUCUCAACAACCGUUGGCAACAUCAACAACGGUAAAAAUUCACCAAAAACAUCAUCGUCAUCAGGUUUGGCUACAACAACAUCAUCAUCGACAGGUUUGGCUACAACAACAUCAUCAUCAUCAGGUUUGGCUACAACAACAUCUUCAUCAUCAUGCACAACAACAAUGGCAUCAUCAUCAUCAACGACAACAACAACAUCAACAACAAAAACAUCGUCAUCAUCAUCUUCCAUCGAAGAAUGUCGAUGUGAUGGGUAUCAGGAUGGUAUCGAUGAUGAUGGGGGUGAUAGUAAUAAUGAUUGUUGCAUUGGUUUUGUAAAAGCCACUAGCGACGUCAACAACAACGAUGAUAAUGACGCUUGCAAUAGUAAUAAUAAGGACAAUAAUAACAACAACAACAACGACAACAACAUUAAUAACAAUACUGAUGAUGAUGGUGAUAGAACUGAACCAGUUAGCAAUAGUUCUGUAUUCAACAACAAUAGCAAAAAUAAUAAUAACAACAACAUUAAUAAUAACAACAACAACAACAAUAAUAAUAAUAAUAACAACGAUGAUGAUGUGAGUAGAGAUGAGUUUAUUAGCAGUAGCUUUGUUGCUGUCAAUAACAAUAAUGGCAACAACAACAACAAUAAUAAUAAUAAUAAUACAAAGCAAGGUAACGUCACUGAGUGGCUACCAACGCCACCACCGCCACCGACGACGACUAUCGCAAAGACCACAUUGUCUUCCUUGUUGAGCUACAAAACUAGCGACGACGACGAUAAAGAUGAUUCCAUCGCUGCUACUUGUAACAACAACAAUAAUAAUAAUAAUGAUAAUAAUAAUGAAAAUAAUAAUGAUAAUAAUAAUAAUAAUGUUAUUAGUAAUGAUAAUGAUAGUAAUUAUGGUGUUAGCCUGGUAGAUGGUGGUGAAAAGGCUAGCCAGGUUGGUGACGACCACGGUGGUACGAGCGCGAAAGGGAAGAUUAAUGGCGACGACAUCAUCAUGCUUAAUGAUAAUAACAAUAAUAAUAACAACAACAAUAAUAAUAAUUUUAAUUAUAAUAAUAAUGAUAAUAGUGUUAAUAUUAAUGAUCAGUCGAUGCUGAUGGCAGGUACGACGGCGACGAGCUCAACGACCUUCGUGGAGAUGCUUCAUAUAGAUGACGAUGACGAUAACGACGUCACUAUCAUCAGUAAUAAUAAUAAUAAUAAUAAUAAUAAUAAUAAUAAUAAUAUUAACAUCAUUAAUAAUAAUAAUAUAAUUAUUAAUAAUAAUAUGAAUAAUAUAAUUAAUAGUAAUUUAAAUAAUAAUAAUAAUGGCUUCACCGUUCAAGCGGCUUACUACUGCAGUGAUAAUGCCGAUGAUGAGAUAGAGCCAGGUGAGUACAUCCCGACGACGGCAGCUGCAAAGUCGUCAGCAGCGGCUUCAGCGGCUUCUACGUUUCUGAACGUCGAGUUGAUUGAGGGCCAGGUGUUGCGCGGACUCGCCACGCCGCAGUGCAGCGAGAUGAUGCAAAAGUACGAACAGCAGCACUUCAGCAACCAGCUGCUGCUAAUCAUUGCAACCAUUAUACAGCAGCAGCAGCAGCUAGACGAUCCGAUACAGCAGCAAAAUCUGCUGCAACAACAACAGAAUCUCAUUGCUUCCAUGCUGUCUGGAUAUUGCGACGCCGAGAAAAAGAUGCUGAGAUCAUCCAUGCUCGAAAGGAACGAGGAGGUCCGGAGGCUGAACAAGGAACUCGACUCUGCCUAUAGACUCAUUCACAGACUCAAAAUGGAGAACGAGUUUCUGAAAAGGCAUCAUCAUCAGCAAGGAAGUUUUCAACAGUUUGAGUUUCAGGAGCAGCAGCAACAACAACAACAACAUCAGGCUGAUGAACAACAACAUCAACUACAACAGCAACAACAACAACAAUUACAUCAACAGUUACAACAACAUCAGCAGCAAAAUGUCAUUACAAUCGACCAACAAAAUCAAUUAGGUUUGCAACAUGCUUUUCAACAACAGCAGCUUCAACAACAACAACAACAACAUCAGCAGCAGCAAGAUGAUGCAUUACAACAAAACAUUCUGCAACAAACCCUCCUAUCAGCUGAUCAGAUCUCAACAGCCACCCUCGCCCCUCAGCAGCAUCAACAGCUGCUGCAACUACAACUGCUACCCGGUCAGUUAGAUCUUCACCAACAACAACAGUUACAACAGCAACUACAACAACAGCAGCUUCAGCUGCAACAACUGCCACUAGAUCAACAGCAGCAGCAGCAACUCUUUCAAGAAGCUCAAUUUGCUGCCACAAAUGCGGCUGACAUUGUCAACUCGUCAAAUUUUUUCAUCGUUUCUCAGAACGACAACAGUGACAGCAGCAGCAACAACAUCCAGUACCAGCAACACUUCAGUAACCUAUCAACAUUCUUACAGAACAACCUACAGCAACACGGCAACAUCAUCAUGCAACAGUUAGACCCACUUCAGCAACAGCAGCAGCAACAACAGAUCUUACUGCAAGAGCAGCAGCAACAGGAGCAGCUUCAGCAGCUGCUAACCCAGCAACAGCUGCAACAACUUCUCUCACAGCAACAAAUCACUUUCAACAUCACGACGACCGACCAACAACAGCAACAACAACAACAAUUACUCUCCCAACAAUUACUACAACAACAACCUCAACUACUGCUAGAGUUACUCAAUCAACUCCCGCCACCAAGUGUGGCUGGUGGAGCCGAUGUCGUCACCACUAACGUUCUCAUUCAGGACUCCUCCAAUGCUAAUCUCGAUCUUUAA